AUGAAAGGUAAAAGUAGUUGGAAACCAGCCGAGUAUUGGGAUGAGAUAGGCGGUGGAAAGGAAAGAAGAAUAAAAAGGAUGAAAGGAUCAGAAAACCUGGGUUGCACUGGGAUGGGAUACGAGAAUGCUGGAAGUGGGCGACGGGCUAACUGUAUAAUUUACGGUAUCCUUUAUGGGUUGAGUUGCGUUACAAAACACUUCCCUUAUUUUCACAUACUGAUGAUUGGCAGGAUACUUGGCGGUACGGCUACUUCUAUCUUGUUUAGUGCAUUCGAAUCGUGGCUUGUGUACGAACAUAAUUCGCGAGGAUUUGACAGUGAGUUGUUAAGUACUGUGUUUUCUCAUGCCACCCUGGGUAAUUCACUGGUUGCUAUUGGAUCAGGCAUCGUUGCGCAAGUCUUUGCUGACAACUUUGGAUUUGUGGCGCCUUUUGACUUGUCAUUAACUGUACUUGUGAUAAUGUGUGUAUUUCUUGUCACUACAUGGACUGAGAAUUAUGGUGACGCAACUGGAAAUGUCAUGUCUUCUAUGAAGAGUGCCUUGAUUUCAAUUAAACAGGAUCGCAAAAUCCUGUGUCUUGGUUUAAUCCAGUCACUCUUUGAAGGUUCAAUGUAUACAUUUGUAUUGGAAUGGACCCCUGCGUUGACCCCACCAGAUCCACCUGAAGUGCCUGCUGGAUUAGAAGUGGCAGCUGAUGAUGAAGUCAGCUCUACAAUACCUCAUGGAUGGAUAUUUGCAAAUUUUAUGGUUGCAAUAAUGAUUGGAUCAUCAUUAUUUAAAAUACUUUGUAAAUACUCAUCACCGGAAUCCUUUAUGAGGCUUGUGUUAUUUAUUGGUGCUAUAUCCUUAGUUGUACCGAUUGUUUUACCUAAUAACAAAGAAUACAUCUUUGCUGGAUUUAUAGUUUUUGAAGUAUGUGUUGGAAUAUUCUGGCCUGCAAUGGGCACCAUGCGAGGGCAGUAUGUACCUGAAGCAACUCUGUGCCAAGUCCAGUUCAUGCUGAACAGCUGGAAGAGCAGUCCCCCUCCAGUCCCAAACGAAGCUCUCCGGUCACAAUCAAACCUAGCUCUGUUGCCAAUGAAAAGAACUGAUUUCACAAUUCCAGCCGUUUGCAGUGCACUUAUUCGCGCAGCUGAAAUUUUGUUUUGUGCUGGUGGUGGUGGUGGUGGUGAACUUUAA